AUGAAAUCAACCAAUGUUGUUUCUUCUUAUCUCAUUCUUUUUCUUGCCACAUUCUUUUUCUUUUUCACAUCUGUUACCUCUGAAGACCCAUAUAAGUACUUCACAUGGAAAGUCACCUAUGGUGACAUUUAUCCUCUUGGUCUUAAACAACAGGGGAUCUUGAUUAAUGGACAGUUUCCAGGUCCUCAAAUAGACACUGUUACCAAUGAGAACUUGAUUAUCAGUGUCUUUAACUAUCUUUCAGAACCAUUCCUCAUUUCUUGGAAUGGCAUACAGCACAGGAGGAAUUCAUGGCAGGAUGGUGUCUCUGGCACAAACUGUCCGAUCCCGCCUGGGAGGAACUUCACUUACAGACUCCAGGCGAAAGACCAGAUUGGUAGCUAUUUCUACUUCCCAUCACUUGGAAUGCAUAAAGCUGCUGGUGCAUUUGGUGCAAUCAGAAUUUGGAGCCGCCCUGGCAUUCCUGUUCCUUUUCCUUCUCCUUCAGGAGACAUUACCAUACUUGCCGGUGAUUGGUUCAAGCUUGGCCACCGCAGAUUGAGACGAGUCGUCGAGAGUGGUCACAAUCUCCCCUUCCCUGACGGCCUUCUUAUCAAUGGUCGUGGUUGGAAUGGAAACACAUUCACUGUCGAUCAAGGUAGGACAUAUAGAUUCAGGAUAUCAAAUGUGGGGCUGGCAACAUCCCUCAACUUCAGAAUCCAAGGGCACAAAUUGAAACUUGUAGAAGUAGAAGGAUCUCAUACCCUCCAAAACACUUACUCUUCACUCGACGUCCAUCUAGGACAGUCCUAUUCUGUUCUGGUCACAGCUGAUCAGCCUGUCAAGGAUUACUACAUAGUUGUCUCUACACGAUUCACCAGACGAGUACUUACAACAACUUCCAUUCUUCAUUACAGCAAUUCACGCAUAGGGGUAUCUGGCCCUCCUCCUCCUGGGCCUACUCUUGAUAUUGCCUCAUCUGUCUUUCAAGCCAGAACUAUCCGGUGGAACCUGACAGCAAGUGGACCAAGACCAAACCCUCAAGGAUCUUACCACUAUGGAUUGAUCAAGCCCAGCCGAACCAUCAUGCUUGCAAACUCUGCUCCUUAUAUCAAUGGCAGGCAGAGGUAUGCUGUCAACAGUGUAUCAUAUAUUGCUCCAGACACUCCAUUGAAACUUGCUGACUACUUCAACAUUCCCGGAGUUUUCUAUGUCGGAAGCAUUCCUACCUCACCUACCGGAGGCAAUAAUGGCUACCUCCAAACUGCUGUCAUGGGUGCUAAUUUUCAUGAAAAUGUUGAGAUUGUGUUCCAAAAUUGGGAGAGUUCUGUGCAGUCAUGGCACAUUGACGGCUAUUCCUUCUUUGUUGUAGGGUUUGGUAGCGGGCAAUGGACACCUGAUAGUAGAGGACGCUACAAUCUGAGAGACACCGUUGCUAGAUGCACUACUCAGGUUUACCCAAGGUCAUGGACAGCAAUAUACAUUGCACUUGACAAUGUUGGAAUGUGGAAUAUACGGUCUGAGAAUUGGGAAAGACAGUACUUAGGACAACAAUUCUAUCUUAGAGUAUACACACCUUCAAAAUCAUUGAGAGAUGAAUAUCCAGUCCCAAAGAAUGCUCUUCUAUGCGGCAGAGCAAGUGGUCGUGUCACAAGGCCUUUCUAG